GCGGGCUGCCUCCCCUACCUACAGGGCCCUGUGCCCUGUGAGUCAGAGGGGAAGCCCCUCCCGCGGGGCCCUCGGCGAGGAGGCAGUUCCCCCCACGGCCCCCCGGGGGCGCUGCGGGGGAGGCGGGGUGGGCCCUGGAGCAGCGGCUCUCGCUCUCGGGCGCCCAGGGCGCUCACUCUCUCGGCACUCACUCGACCGGAGGUUUCUCGGCUGGCCGUGUCCCGCCGCUCCGGGAGCAGCAGGAGCUCCCCCCGCACGCCCGUGGUCCCGCUCCGGCCCCCGGGGCUCCAGACGCCGCCGCCCGACGGCGACAUGGGCGUCCCCCUAGUCCCGGAGGCCGGUGGCCGGCGUUGGGGGCCUGUGCUCCUCGCUCUCUUCCUGGCUGCCUCCCGAGGGUUUCACGAGGUGCCUGCUGGAUGGAAAGAGGUGAAGUCACGAAAACUAGCAUCCCGAGAUGAAGCCCUUCUCCCCUGGACUGGAACAGAAGCUUCUACAAGAGGCUGAGGUUCCCACAGCUAGAAAGUGGCAGAAGCAAGCCUAAAUUCUGAGCGGACAUCCCUUACGAAACUCUGCACCCCCGCGGCCUCUCUUGCCUUGGGCCUGGCUCAUGUUAGGACCUCGGUCUGGUGGCGGCCUUCAAGGUCGCCACGCCGUAUUCCUUGUACGUGUGCCCCGAGGGCCAGAACGUCACCCUCACCUGCAGGAUCUUGGGCCCCAUGGCCAAGGGGCACGACGUGACCUACUACAAGACGUGGUACCGCAGCUCGCGGAGCCAAGCGCAGCUCUGCUCGGAGCGCCGGCCCAUCCGCAACCUCACAUUCCAGGACCUUCACCUGCACCACAGCGGCCACCAGGCCAACAGCAGCCAGGAUCUGGCCCAGCGCCACGGGCUGCAAUCCGUCUCCGACCACCAUGGCAACUUCUCCAUCGCCAUGUUUAACCUGACCCCAGUGGACAGCGGCCUCUACUGCUGCCUGGUGGUGGAGAUCAGGCAGCAUCACUCGGAGCAGAGGGUCCACGGUGCCAUAGAGCUACAGGUGCAGAGAGACAAAGAAGCUUCACCCCAGUGCAUCUUGUACCCACCUUCCCCCAGGGAGAGUGAAAGCAUCACGGCUGCUGCUGUGGCUACAGGCGCUUGCAUCGUGGGCAUUCUCUGCCUUCCCCUCAUCCUGCUCCUGGUCUACAAGCAAAGGCAGGUGGCCUCCAACCGCCGUGCCCAGGAGCUGGUGCGGAUGGACAGCUCUGAUUUUCUAGCAACAACCCUCAAGGAAUCGAAAACCCUGGCUUUGAGGUCUCUCCGUCUUCCCACGGGAUGCCAGAGGCCAAGCCCAGGCCUCCACUGUCCUACAUGGCUCAGAGGCAGCCUUCGGAGUCUGGCCGGCACCUGCUCUCCGAGCCCUGCACUCCUGUGUCUCCACCAGGCCCUGGGGAUGUCUUCUUCCCAACCCUCGACACCGUGCCUGACUCUCCGACCUCUGAGGCCAUCUAGGCCAGGUGGGGCCAGUGGGCGAUCGUGGCUGGGCCUGGGGCAGGCGCAUUUGAGGUCAAGCUGGCCCUCUGAGUGGUCCCUCAGCCUUGGCCCUGGUUCCCUCCCUCCUGCUCUGAGCCCAGACUCUUUGAGAUACCUCUGAUGGCCAGACCCUCAACUCCUCUGGGUGCUACACGGCAGCAGGGAGAAGGUGUUGGAUCCCUCAGUCCCUGUCUCAAGGAUGGUGGGGUGCCGGGAUCCCACCCAGAGACCCGAGAUUCACCAGCUGCAAAUGCCAAAAGGCCUACAUCCUAGAAGCCCAAGAAUUUUCAGCUCUGUGGCAGCUCCCUCCCCUGGGACAGGAGUCUUUGGGACCUGACAACACAGAGGGGACACGAUGGGCACUGGCUGGAACUCUCCCCUACCCAGUGCCAUCCUGCCAGGCGCGAGAUACAGGACAAGACGUGGAAAGACUCCUCCCUGCCGUGGUGAUCUCGCCUCUACUCAUCUGUCAGACUCCCUCUUUGUAACGACGACGGGUCUCUGGGGCUGGGCCUGCCUGCCUCCGGGCCAUGGGAGCCUUCCCCCACUGCCUGCUACCAGCAGCCUCCCCCAGUAGCUGUCAACGGGUUCAGCAAAUCUGGGCACCCCUUGCCUGCCCUCUGGUUCCCAGAGUUCAUUGACUGGGGUCCCUGAAACAGGAAGUGCGCAUGGUGGCAUGGUGGCCACUGUGGGCUAACUGGCAUCUUGGGUAACGGAGGCCAGGCAGAAGGUUGCAAUACCCACUGUAGGGGGUGGGGAGGGGGAGCAGGUGGAGCCUGCUGGGAAGGUGAGUGGAGACGCCCCACCUCCCAUCCUCCCUCCCCCCUCUAGUGCUCAGUGUGCUCACCACAGAAGGUGACCCCAUACUGUAUUGUCCCAACUGUGACACUCUUGAGUGUGAAGAGGGAGUCCUAUGAACUACACGGGCAACGCGUGCAAACCCGGUGAACGGACUGUAAGAGCUGGGUUUUAAUCCCUGCGCUGCUUCUAGGUAGGGGUGCCUGAGGCCCGGGGAGCCCUCCUCCACCCACCCCGGUCUUCAGUGUUCCGUCCCAUUUAAUCUGCUGAGUCUUCGCUGCAGAGUGGCCCUGUCAGGUGGGCAUGUACAUGGGAGGGUUUGUGGCAACUCUGCUCUGGACCCUCUGCUCUGUCUCCUGCUUCAGGGCAUAUGCCCUGGAUUUGUUUUAUACACACAUACAAGGGAAUCCUUUGUGGAAUUUCGAUUAAAGGGUUUUCAAACAUGGA